GCCAUUUUAAAACUCAAAUUGUCCUCCGUCCUCAUCCAGCCGUCUUUCCAACUCAUAUAAACUGUGUAAGCGAUAUAAUUUCCAGACUAUGGCCGACCAAAAUGGACGGGGACCAAACCCGCAAUGCAGCAGUUCACCGCAACCCUCUAAAAGCGGCGCAAACUCCCCUGCCGCCGACGACAAGCGAACGCUGGCCAACAAAGACAGUCCAGCGGCGGCGGCUGAGCAGUUACCGGCGGCUGAAGGAGCCGAAGCAGUCGCGGUGGAAAGCGGUCAAGUUCAAGAAAAAAUGACGCUUGAUAUUUCAAGUUUUAGGAAGCCAGGCGAGAAAACAUUCACGCAGCGCUCCCGUCUUUUUGUUGCGAAUCUGCCGCUGGAUAUACCCGAGGAGGAAUUCGUCAAUAUGUUCGCUAAAUAUGGAAAUACAGCCGAAGUUUUCAUUAACCCAGAGCGAGGGUUUGGCUUUAUUCGUUUGGAGACCCGUACACUAGCGGAGAUUGCCAAAGCUGAGCUAGAUGGGACAGUAUUGAAUAAUCGACCAAUCAGGAUCCGCUUUGCUGCACAUGGUGCCGCACUCACUGUGCGCAACCUUUUGCCUGUUGUCACAAAUGAGCUUUUGGAACAGGCCUUUUCACAAUUUGGCCCGGUGGAACGGUGUGUCGUUUUGACAGACGACCGUGGGCGGUCCACUGGCAGAGGCUUUGUGGAGUUUGCAAGCAAAGUGGCUGCACGUAAAGCUCUGGAACGCUGCAAGGAGGGCGCGUUGCUGUUAACUGCCACACCUUGCCCAGCCAUUGUGGAGUCUACAGAGCACUUUGAUGAUGAGGAAGGACUGCCUGAAAAGAUGUUAACAAUAACUCCAAAGUACCUCAAGGAACGGGAGCAAACACCACAUUUCGCCCAGCCGGGGACAUUUGAGUUUGAAUACUCGUCUCGCUGGAAAGCUCUUGGCGAGCUGGAGAAACAGCAACGAGAGCAGGUGGACAGGAAUAUUAAAGAAGCCAAAGAGAAGCUGGAGGCUGAACUGGAGUCAGCAAAACAUGAACACCAACUCAUGUUAAUGAGGCAUGAUCUGAUGAGACGUCAAGAGGAGUUGAGGCGAUUGGAGGAGCUUCGCAACCAGGAGCUUCACAGACGAAAACAGAUAGAGUUGAGCAGGCAUGAGGAGGAGAGAAGACGACGAGAGGAAGAAAUGAUGAGAACGCACAGAGAACAGGAAGAGCUGAAGCGCCAACCAGAUACCUUUAAACCGGCCUACCAGGACAAUAGAGGACAGGAAUUGAGAGUGACUGAUCUGGGCCCUCGUGGAGCCAUUAAUAUGGCAGAUGGCUUUAACCAGGCCCCGCCAGGGCCCAGCGCUAACCAGGGUCAAAUGAUGAGCAUGGGUGGAAGGGGCACCGCCAUCAGCCCAGUGGGAACUGCAAACAUGGGCCCACUAUUGAUGUCUGAAAAUGCCAACAUGCGAGGCGACAGAUAUCCGUUGAGUGGAUCUCUGGCAGGACGAGCAGAGGUGGAAUCACCGAAACAGCAGCACCCACCACUACCACAGGCCACCCCUGGUGGUCCGUCACCAGUGUAUGGAAGGGGCAGUCCUGUAGAUGGAGUUUUUGAAGGGCCAAAUAACAAGCGCUGCCGCUAUUGACCACAAAUUGUUUUCAUAUUGACCUACUUACCUAAAGGGCCACCAGAAAGGAUUCACACCCCUUCACUUUUUCCACAUUUUGCCAUGUUACACACUUAUUCUAAAGCUGAUUUGAGUAUAGUUUUAAAAACAGCUACAUAAAAUAUCCCAUAACAACGCAAAAACAGAUUUUCAGACAGUUGUGCAAAUGUAUUGAAAAUGUGAACAUUUAAACAUAAUGGGUACAUAAGUAUUCACACUGUUGGCUUAAUAUUUUGUUGAAGCACCUUUGGCAGCAAUCACAGCCUCAAGUCUUCUACGAGCUUGGCACACCUGUUUUGGGGGCAUUUUCUCCCAUUCUUCUCUGCAAAUCCUCUCAAGGUCAGUCAGGUUGGAUGGGCAGUGUCGGUGGACAGCCAUUUUUAGGUCUUUGCAGAGAUGUUCGAUUGGAUUCAAGUCCAGGCUCUGAUCAGGGCCACUCAAAGAAAUUCACAGGCUCCUCCUGAAGCCACUCCUUUGGCUGUGUGCUUUGUGUCAUUGUCGUGUUGGAAGGUGAAUUGACGCCCUCGUCUGAGUUCCAGAGCACUCUGGAGCAAGUUCUCUCGAAGAAUUUCUCUGUAUUUGGCAGCUGUCAUCUUACCCUCUAUGCGGACGAGUCACCCAGUUCCUGCAGCAGAAAAGCAGCCCCACAGCAUGAUGCCGCCACCACCCUGGUUCACAAAUAGGGAUGCUGGUAGCCAGGUGAUGAGCAGUGCCGCCUCUUUUCCAGAUAUGAUGCUUGCAAUUCAGGCCAAAGAGUUCUAUUUUGGUUUCAUCAGACCAGAGAAUUUUGUUUCUGCAGGUCUGAGAAUCCUUAAGGUGAAUUUUGGCAAACUCCAAGCGGGCUGCCAUGUGGCUUUUAGUGAGAAGUGGCUUCCAUCUGGCCACUCUACCACAAAAGCCUGAUUGGUGGAGUGCGAUAGCAAUAGUUGACUUCUGGAUCUAUCUCUGCAAGGGAACACUUGAGCUCCGCCUUCGUGACCAUAGGGUUCUUGUUCACCUCUCUGACCGAGGCCAUUCAUCCAGUUACUCAGCUUGGUCGGACAGCCAGAUCCUGGUGGUUCCAAACUUCUUCCAUUGACGAAUAAUCGAGACCACAGUGCAUUAUGGGACCUUCGAUGCUGCUGAAAUUCUUUUGUAUCCUUCCCAUAUUUGUGCCUUGACACAAUCUGGUCUUGCUUGGUUUCUGCUCUGAUAUGGACUGCCAAAUAUGAGAGCUUAUUUUGACAGGUGUGUCAUUCCAAAUGAUGUUCAAUCAACUGAAUUUACCACAGGUGGACUCCAUUCAAGUUGCAGAAGCAUCUCAAGGAUCAUCAGUGGAACUCCGAUGCACCUGAGUUUAAGUUUGAGUAUCAUAGCAAAGAGUGUGAAUACUUAUGUAUCGAUUAUGUUUGAAUGUUUAAAUCUUUUUUAUAAAUAUACACAAAUGUCUGAAAUGUUUUUCUUUUAAAAAGAAAACUAUACUCAAAUCAGCUUUAGAAUAUGUCUGUAACAAAGCAAAAUGUGGAUAAACGUGAAGGGGUGUGAAUAUUUUCUGGUGUCACUGUACCUACUCCAUGAAAUGCGGAUGGCGGCUGUUCCUUUAAUUUUUUUGCAUCCCUACUUUUUUACCCAUGUUCCAGCGCUUUGCUUUGUGAUUCAAAUAAAUGAAGCUUUUGUUUUUA